UCAAUGGAGUGAAGACGUUUGUUGUGAGAUUUGUUUCCUAUUAUUUCGCCUUCCGUCGUUUAAUUAAUUCUGUGUGAUCAAAAUAAGUAGAUAGGAAAUAAAUCUUUUUUACUUUACACAGAGUAUAGCUCGGAUUUUUUUUCUAAGUGUCUAGAUGUAGUUUUAUUAGAAUGUUUUUCGAGCGUAUAUUGUUGUCUGUGUUCUGCCUUGGAAUAGAAGCGUUCCCCUUGGCUUUAUCUGAGGAGGUGGAGAUCAGGGAUGUAGCUGCAGACAAGGGUACAAACGUGACGGUGCCCUGUGGCAGUCUAGACGCUGUACCACUGCCUAACGUGCAGUGGGUGCACAGGGGCAAUCGGACACACCAUGAAGUUUUGAACGACGGUAGCUUACUGCUUAAAAAUAUAGGCGUAGAUGACGCAGGAUUGUACGAGUGCUCAGUGGAGAACGAGACAGCCUACGUCGAUAGAGUAAACCUCACAGUGCGGACGGAGCCGCCACCCCUGGUGAACGUGACAGUCCACGCGUCCACCAUCCUGGCCCUGAUCCUAUGGAAUGUAGCUGGUGAUGGCGGCCAUCCCAUCAUAGACUUCACCGCGCAGUACCGAUCAGCGGCCCCUGUUAAUGGGACUCUAGAGCCCUGGAGGCCUAUCAGCCCUAACCACAUCAGUCCAAACUCGCGCCAAGUAGACGUGUACCACUUAGACACGAACGCGUCCUACUGGUUCCGAGUGUGGGCGACUAAUGCCCUGGGGCCCGGUCCACCGGUGGAGGUGCUGGCCACCACACUCUACAGCGACCAGGAGGCUGAGCUGUACAAGCACUUCUUCUCUGGCGCGGAGCAGUUCGACACGCGGACGUGGGUGGCGGCGGUGUGCGUGGUGAUGGGCACGCUGGUGGUGCUGGCUGCCGGCACGUGCGCCGUGCUCUGCCGCGAGUGGCGCCGACACGACUACGUCGAAGAUCAAGACGUAAUGGAACUAGUGCCUAACAUAAUCCUGAACCCUGGCUUCAUGGAGAUGGACCCCAUCAGGCCGCGGGAGCCCCUUGCCUCCUCCAUCAUCAAGUCAACGGAGUGUCCUGGCCCCGGGAAACCGAGGCGUGUUUGAUUCUCGUCAAUACUUAACCUUAGGAUAUUCUAUCGCACCGAUUCCGGCCUAUUGUCAUGAUCGUGGGCGACACACGACAGAACCGUGGUGGUGGAUAAAAGCGUUAAUGUUUGGACUAUAACCAACCGAGAAGUGAGUUCAGUGGCCUGAACUAUUUGCUGCUGCAUACACCAGUCUUAGAGGUUAAACUUAAAAAGAUAUUUGUUUAACCUUUGAGACAUGGAAACUAAUUGCUUUGGCUCGUUCGUCAAUUUCAUUGAACCGCUUAGAGACGCUUUUAUUUCCAUCACGGAGUCUGUGCCAAAAUGUGAAUUUUGGAUGGAGAGGAGUACGUUUUUAAAUAUCAGUUGAUGACAUUAAUGCCCGCUUUCAUUAGUUAAUUGUGUAAUGAAAAAUUGCGCCAAGAUGAAAUCAAUUGAAUAACGGCUUAUAUUACUUUCAUCUGACGAUAUUUGAAAACGGCUCACAAACGCUAGGGUAAGGAUGGACAUAUCAAAGCAUGUUUCGUUUAAUUAGCCGAUCGGAGCGAUAGGGUAGCCGGGUUAAAUAGGGCUCUCGAGUUUCUCAAAAGUGGUGAACAAAUAUCUCCCUUGUAUAAUGUCCGUAGGCGCUAAUGUAUAUUUGUAAAUCUGCAUGUCAAUUAUAAAUAUAAAAAUGCUCAGUAAAAUUAUUAAAUGACAUCUGUCAAAUGUCAUCAAUGACACCUGUCAUCGAGAGAAGUUAUUUCAGUAGAUUGUUCGUUUUAAAUUUUCGUGAAAUAUUGUAUUGUAUGAAAUGCUUGUCACACUUUUGAGAAACAGUGUUGCCACUUAAAGCAAAUAAAAUGCUUGUAACUAAUCACUGAGAGAGAUCAUUUCUAGUUUUGUAAGCGUUUCGUGUUUAACCGUAGUGGUGGUUGCCAUAUACAAAUAUAAGAAUAACGUAGUGUUCGCUAUGAUAUUGUACACGUUUGUUUCUAAGAACUGAUGCUUGCAUUUACUUUUUAUACAUUUACACUUAUUCGCCGUAAGUCUGACACGGACGCUUUAUUUUAUAAUUGUAGCUUGUAGGGACGGUAACACGUAGCUGCUUGGUCCGGUUUGCCCUCUCAAUACAGAAGCAUAAUAAAGGAAAUUUGUUUUAGUAUAACGUAAAAAGAAACGACAAUACCAAAACAAGACAUCAUGUUGUUACCAACAAACCGACCAAGCAAUAAUAUUUUGUACGGCACUAGCUAUGUGUUACCAUUCUUAUAAAAUAGUCUCCAUUCUGGCAACCCCAAAAUCUGUUUGAAAACUUUUUUAGGAAACAUAUUGCUUAACGUUCAAUAUUGUUAAUGUUGCUAGCUAUAGUGAUAGAAUAUUUUUAAUUAUAUAUAUAUUUUGCUAUAUUUUAGAUGAUAUUUUUAUAACGAGGAUCUCAUGUAUUUAAGACACUUAACAUUUUAAUAUUGAAAUGUCGGUUUGUUUUCAAUUUAUUUGUGAUUUUGAACGCUGUGAUUAUUGUGUUUUCCGUAAAAUUGAGUUUUUUUGUAAUGUAAGGUAAGGGUUAAGUGUAAAUAUUUUGAUAUAUAUAUCGUACGGAGACUGGUGCAAUGGUAUUGAAUAAUAUAGUUAGUAUAUAUGUAGUGGCGUAAUAUAAGCUUACUUGUGGGAGCGCCCAGUGUAGCGUAGCUAUGGUACACUGCUUUGUUGAAAGUUUUAAUAAAUGACAAUAUGGUAGUGGUUGUAUUAUCCAUGUUAUGUCCUGCGACACUUGAAGGCAAUGAUGCGAAAGACUGGCCAGCUUUGUAAGCACCAUCGGUAUUCUUACAAUCUAGUUAAAUUUGACAGCUGUCAGAUGUGACAGCUGUCAACCAUCUGACAGCUGUCAUGGUAGAAAUUAUUAAAAAAAAACAUGUUAGUUUGUGGAAAACUUAAUAUAAAGCCAUAGUUGUCCCAAUAUUGCUUACAAAGUCUGGUUCACAGAAUCGUCGUGAUUUGUUCGUGACGUCACGGCAGUUAUAAAUUAAAAGUUGAUGUUAUAACAUUGUUGUGUAAGUGUAAAGCUGUUUAUUUUUGUAUACGGCCUGUAUACAUAUCAGGGGAGCCUUAGGAUGUACAGAGAUAUACAUAGAUAUUUAUUAAAAUAACAAAUUUUAAACUUCCUUCCGAUCUUUGUGCUUGCACGCUUAGUUAAAACUCUUUUUAAAAUGUCACUUCAAUAAAUAAAUUCAGGUAUUUAUUGGAAUUUUAUUACAAAAUCAUGAAAAUGUUUUAAAUCAAAUUGUAAGGUAUUUCAGUUAUGGUUAUAUGACAUUUAUAAUUGAAUAAUAUGUAUUAAUAUAAUAAAUUUUAUAUUGUAGCACAUAGGUUAUAUUUUAUUAUAUUUUCUCACUAAGCGUGCAAGUAAGUUUCUCUUCUUCUUAGCUCAUUGCCUUUCUGUGCUCUCACUACCUUCCUUGUCUAUUCUUGCACUAUACUAUAAAAGAAAUAUUAUAUUUGCCAAUAAAGUCUAUACCAAAUCUAUUGCGUGGUGGAUGGGAUUUGAAAACAAACAAAAAUAUGGAUUUUUAAGUUACUAUGUGUAAAUGAAAAAAACUAGGUUUUAUUGAUAGACACCUUAUAAUUUUAAUAAUACCAAAAGUAAUAGAUAUCUAACCGCCUUACUCAGAGUCAUUUGGUUACUUAACCUUAUACGGUACAAAAUCGUUACUAAGGAAUAGUUUAAGUAAUCAUUAAAUGUCUCUGAGAGCGGCAGUAAGGUCAUUAUUAUGUUCUAAAUCUAUAUGAUCCAAGGCAUACCUCUUUCAGGCCUUGCAUUGACCUUCCAAACACUGAGUAUAUAAGUAUCUGAAUAUCUUUCUCCAUGCCAAUAAUUUGCAAACAAAGUUUGUCUUUCAAAUCCAAUCCUUCGCGCUGUAACGAAUAUUCCUACGACGUUGUGGUUGCUUCAGAAGAUCUAGUGUUUAAGUGGUUGGAACUCCGCACGCAUCGUAUGGUGUUACCAAGGUCUUUGGGUUUGUCGUCUGUUAAAAAUAAUAAUAUUAUUUUGUUUUUAAAACCCAAAAUUUUGUAAUAAAGAAAUGUGUUAUUCGACUUAGAGUGUGUGUUAUACGAUUGUAGAAAAUAAAUAUGUAACACACUCUGUAUAUCUGUAUAAAUGAAUAAAUAAGCAACAACCAUUAGAAAGAAAACCGACCUCUAUUCGGAGUAAUAUACUUUUUUUCGAGAUAUUACUGGUCGUUAAUUUAGUAAAUUUCACAGUUUUUUUUUUCUUUCGAGGUCCUGAAUGACCCUUCUAGUAGGGUAAUAGCUAGACUCCUACGUGCGUACGGGGUUCCACCAGACGAUGUGUCCGUCAUACGUAUCAAUGUGCUAUCUAUGUCAAUUAUGUGACUCUCUGUCUGUUGUGUCGUGUUGCGUUCCUGUCUGCACGCCUUCACGCCUAGCAUCUACAUCGAGAUUGUGCUUGUAUUACAGUUUUAUUCAAAUUACUACGUAAAUGUUCGACGAGGUAACUUGACCAGCAUCAAGCCGUAGUAAAGGGUAGCAGCAUUAUUCCUAUUACAGUUCGAAAUGUCCAAUCUCUCAUGUGCUUCUGUCUUUUGUCUUCGGAUUUCAUUAAGAUUGAUCUGGCAAUGUCACAAAAAAAAACAAUAUCGAUGAAGGUUAUUUAACUGUUAGGAAAAUGUAUUUUCGCGGGUAAUACAAGCACAAAACCUCGAUUAUCGCAAGUGCGCACACUACUCCAUGCUCUUCCUUUCAAAUGAUAUUUAUUAACAAAUGAUUGAUAUUUUUGUAACAAAUACUGUAUUCAAUUAUUUACAACAUAGCCUUGUGUUGUGAACUUGUGAGGACUAACCGCAAACUAUAAGAAAUAAAUAUUUAUCGUCAAGUAGUGGCAAUCCUAGAACCUAUGAACCGUCCGCGUAUAGUAGAGGGCGCACAUUACAGACUAAUCGCAAUUUUAACUUUGCCUCCUGCAAAAAUCUUGCGACUAACUCUUUCUUCCUCGUCUCGUAAUGCGUAGCUCUCAUAAAAUCUAAAUGUUUUCUUCUUCUCUUUGAAAUCUCAAUGUAUUCGCCAAGAGAACGACUUUCUAACGAAUUGCUCGUGUUGCUACAUAGAAUAGCUUGUAGCAAUGUCUUGUCAUUUUUAAUAAUACCGGCCGGUGUUUGUCUGUUGUCGUUUUUGGGUUGAUGGGAAUAAAUUAUUUCUAUAAGUGUAAUCAACUAAAUAAAUACAUUUUGUUGGGUUUUUAUCAAUGAUUGCUACCAUCUUAAUUAUUUAAGUUCAUCUUCCAUAAUCUUGAAAUUCCUAUGAACGCUGUGGGUAAUCAUUUCUGGUAUUUUCUUAAACAAACAAAAAUUAUCAGUUUUUAUUUUAUUGUGUACUUUGUAUAAAAUGAUAUUAAUAUACCAUCAACUCAAGUCACCGGAGACAAACGACAUCGCCUAAUGAAUGCGUGUAGUAUAUUUAUAAUGGUUGUUAGACUAAGUGUUGUCCUAGACUAGUUGUUGAACGCUAGCGUAGAGGGCGCGAACGACGGAUUGAAGACUGCCAACCUACGGGAAAAGGUAACUCGAGUAUACAGGCAAUUGCAUCAACACACACUAAAGUAGAAAAUGUAAUGUGCUGAUGAAAUGUGAUCUUAGGAUGGAAGAUAAUGUGUGUAAAUGGUUGUGACGACGGCUUGCGUUCUGUCUGUUGAUGCAAAUGUCUAAUAGUGUGUGCGGUGUCUUAUAUUAAUGUUGAAUGUUGCGCUUCUGAUUUUUCAUUUUUUGAAAAGUCAUGGAUUCGUCGUUUUUAUACGGAUAGGUUUUUCUAAAGCUGGGUUAUUUGGUUUUGUGGGAAAGUCUGUAAUAAAUUGUUUGUAAAUUAAUGAAUCGAAGAGCCACAAGCCACUGCCAAAAGCAUGUGUUGAUACUGCAUCUUGUCUAGAGUCUGCAUUAUUUUCUUGCAUGCCAUUUUGCAUUGUGCCUACUUUAAUUAAACACAUUAUGUUUGUACAAAUUCUGUUUUUACUCGUCCAUUCUCGAUCGAACGACAGGUUCCUAAAAUCGAUCGCAAAUGGUCAUUGGUCACAACAAAGCAAUGCAUGAGUAGAAAAAAUAAAUCGAUGUCAGAUUUUUAUGUGGAUUUCAUGUUAUUCUGUCUGUUCAGUUCUGUGCACUUGUAGAUUUAAUUCUCGUACAAAAGACGUAAUAUAUGUUAUUAUAGUGAUAUAGUGCUUAUUGCGGAUUCGUAUGACUAAUUAUAUGAAUCUUCGAAUUUAUAUAACGAGUGUUUGUUAAGCUAAGGACACGAUACAAAUAUCGAAGGGACUUUUCUUGUGAUGACGCUACCGUUCAGUAAUAAGUGUCAUUUUACGUCACUAGAGGCGCUCGUGUGUUAUUAAGUCCUCUCUAGUGAUUUUAUUGACAGUGAACACUUACCAAUUAUAUGCGAAGGAUAGGGCCGUAUGGCACUUUAAACAUCACCAGUUCUAUUUCAGAAGUUAAAAAGUCGAAAAUAUAUUGAAGAAUAUUUUUUCGGUUAUAGGCAGUUAUGUGAUUGACUUUACACUAAACAUGGAUAUUUAACUUUAUACUAUGUCUAAAAAAUUUUCGUUUCUGUCCUUAGCUUAACACAAACUUGACAAUCGGCGUAUAUAUCUCGAUUUACUUUAUAUUAAAGUAAUAAUUACCUUAGGUUAAGAUUGCCUUUUAUAAAAUUAAGCACGUCCAGACGGUGAGGGCAGCGAAUCGUUUAGUUUUUCGCUAAAUAUUUAAUUCGUAAGUGAUCGUGUCAUAAUAAAUGAAUAUAAGUUGGUUAUUAUUACUUUUUUUUUAUCUAUAUAAGUUUAUCUUUUGUUAACAUUAUAUUAUUAUAGAAAAGAAAGUUUCUGUUUUUUAUAUAUAAAAAGAUUAUUUUAUUUUCCAAAGAUAUUAUUUUUUAUUCUUCUUGUAUUUAUUAAUUGUGGCAAUGUGUUACCAAAUACUGUUUGUCUAUGCGCAUUCCUAUAUAAGUCUAGCUACUCUGAUUACUGUAUAAUCCAUAGAUUUGCACACAAAGAUAUUAAUUAUUUAAAUAAUUCAUUUCAAGUAUUCGUGUUAUGUAAGUCACACAUUGUAUUAUUUAUGUAUAAAGUCUAUACUGUUAUAUUAAAGCUACAGUGUUGCUUGCAGUAAAAAUGAUAUUAGAAAUUAUUAUUACACAUUUUUUGUACUAAACUGUUUAUAUCGUUUUGAUAUUAUAUAUUUUGUUUUUCAUUAAAAAUUUGCUUUCUGUAUUUGUUAAGAGUCCAGCAAAUGAAGUUACUUGAAACUGUCUAAUUAGUUUAUGGGAUUUAUUACUUUAUUACAAAAGCAUUAAAGUGCAAUAUCGAUUCAAGUUUAAAUUUCGUGUGUCUGUAUUUUAAAAUUGCAUUUGCGUACAUAUUAAUUUGAUUGGAUUAUUAACAAAAAUUUGUUUGUAUUUGAACUUUGCUUAGUACAAAUCCCAUGAAAUGAAUUACUGUUUUAUUUAUAAAAAUAUAUAAUUGGUGAAACACAUUAUUUGUUACUACUUAAAAAAAAAAUGAUGUCGAUAUACAAAUAUCAGUGAAUCUCAUUGUAAUCCAAAAAUGUGAGUGCAAUACAAUUUUUUAUAUUAUUAUUGUUUUUCUUUUAUGAUUGUGAACGGGGAAAAUAGUUGACUUUGGCAUAUUUUUGAUUGGAACAGAAGUAUUAUUAAAAUAAUGAACUUAGAAAUAACUUCAAUAUCUAAUCUGGUAUUGUCUCCCGCGUAUGGCAAUAGUUUCACCCCUUAUUACAAGGGACUCAUCAGAUAACUGGUGUAAAGUGGACCUACUCGUAAAUUGUACUUUUAAAUGACCCAACAAAUGUUAAAUGCUAUCAAUUGUUCCUAUUUAGGCCUUUUCCUAGAAUUGCUCAGAACUUUUAUUUUACUAAUCAUCGUCACGCCUGUCUCUCAUUGGUGUAGGCAGAGACAAUAGAAUGCCAAUUGACACGAUUCUGGCAUACCAUUUAAAAAAAAGGAAUCAAAUAAACAAUUGCCUGACGAUGUUUAACAAUUCUUGGAAAUAAAAGGUUUCUGCCCUUGUAUGUGCACCUAUAUCUUCCCUUUCAGGACAUAAAAUGCAUAAUGUUAUGGUAUCAAAAAAUAAUACAAAGUCAACUAUUGAACUGUUAUAAAAAAAGUAUUAUUUAGUAAGUUUGUUCACGUUGAGUUGAUGCGAAAUGUGAUGCCCGUCGUAGAACAUAAUGAUAAGUACAUUGUUGUAGCUAAUGUUGGAGGCCAUUCCCAUUAAAACUACAUUUUACACAAAUAUAA